AUGUUUGCGUCGACCCAGCAUGCUGGCCUCAUUGCCCUCGUAGCAUGUCUCGCCCUAUCGUCAACGCACAUUACCGCUGCGCAAACCGAAGAUGAGGAUCUCGGGACCGCAUUGUCAUCGCAGAAGAACCUGUCGAAAUUUUAUGGGCUGAUUAAGAUUGUCGCCCCCUCGAAUGCCGCAUUCGAGAACAUCCCGGGCACAUCUCUCUACGGCAUCUGGGAUCCAAAGAACGCCUCGAUGACAGUGCCGAUCCUUGAGUACCAUCUCCUCAAGGGCAUCGUCGACACCGAGGACCUCGCGCCAGGGCCUUCCAUCUCUGCAGCCACGCUCCUCACUUCGCCGACCUGGACCAACGUCUCGGCCGGCCAGAACGUCGUCCUGGCUCGGCAGCCUGGCGACGUCGUGGUCGACAACCUCCUCAUCCCGCCGACGCCGCUCAGCGAGACGCUGCAGACCUUUGGCCUCGACGCCCUCGGCGCCGACGCGUUGCGCGACCUGGUGCGCUACCACGUCGUCCGCGGCCGGGGGGCCGCCUCAGCGACGCUGACGAACGGGACGCGCCUCGCUGCCGCCGAGGGCAGCGACGUCAGCGUGCGCAGGGCCGGGAACAACCUGUUCGUCAACUCGGCGCAGGUCGUGCAGCCGGACAUCCUCAUGGCGAACGGCGUGGUCCACGUCCUUGACAACGUGCUCAACCCGCGGGCGGCGGCGGCGGUGCCGGACCCGGAUUCGCGAGGACUGUCCUGCGACGACAGCCGGGGCGGGCUCCGAGGGUGCUGGGCGGAGCACGGCGAGGCGCACGACUACGGAUGGGGUGAGCGGGCCGACGGCGAGUCCGGAUGCUGCGGGCAGGGGGUUUGA